CACAAUAUUAAUGUUUAACGGUCAUGUUCGUCUGGCUUUCUACAGAGCUCAACGUCCAUGGCGGUUCGGGUUAUCCAAUCUAAAGCGCCUUCUCUUGAGUAUCAUCGGUUCAAAUUCACUCCCUCCCUGUCUCAAAGAUCGCUCAAAUCAGCGGCUCCUAAAAUCCGCAGGACGUCUCUUAAACUCACUUGCAAAUCCAACGGUAAUGAUCCCGGCGAGGAUUAUUAUCUGAUAGAUGCUCCUGUUGAAGCCGGAGACGGAUUUUCUUUCAGUGGAGGGAAAUAUUCAGAUGGACCUAGCCCAUCCGAUGAAUGGUUUAAGCAAGGAAAAUUGGUGAAAGCUUAUUUUGUUCCCGGCACUGGUGAGAAGGCUAAGGAUCCUAUCUUUGGACUCACCAUGGGUGCUAGUUCUCAAGCUUCAGAUGAUAUUUUCAGAUGGUUUUGCGUUGAAAGUGGAAAUGCUAAUAAUCCAACAGUUAUAUUGAUUCAUGGCUUCCCCUCGCAGGCAUACUCUUUUCGCAAAGUUCUUCCUGUACUCUCCAAGAACUAUAAUGUCAUUGCUUUUGAUUGGCUUGGUUUUGGAUUCUCAGAUAAACCUCAACCAGGAUAUGGAUUUGAUUACACUUUGGAUGAAUACGUUUUAUCCUUGGAUGCCAUUAUUAAUGAGAUUUCCACCAAUAAGGUCUCCAUUGUUGUCCAGGGAUACUUUUCACCGGUUGUUGUUAAAUAUGCGAGCAGCCAUCAGGAAAAGCUGAAUGAUUUAGUGCUUCUCAAUCCUCCGUUAACAGCCAAACAUGCCAACCUUCCAUCAACAUUGUCCAUAUUUAGCAACUUUUUGCUCGGAGAAAUUUUUUCUCAGGAUCCUAUUAGAGCUAGUGAUAAAGCCUUGACGAGCUGUGGACCUUACAAAAUGAAAGAGGACGACGCAAUGGUUUAUAGAAGACCUUACCUCACCUCCGGCUCCUCAGGAUUUGCACUGAAUGCUAUUAGUAGGGCUAUGAAGAAACAGUUGAAGCCCUAUGUGGAAGAUAUGAGGAAGAUACUACUGGAUGAAAAUUGGAAAGUCCCGACAACAGUUUGCUGGGGCCAGAGAGAUCGUUGGUUGAGUUAUAAUGAAGUUGAAGAUUUCUGUAGAAGCUCAAAUCAUAAGCUAAUAGAACUUCCAACGGCUGGGCAUCAUGUACAAGAAGAUUGUGGUGACGAGCUUGGAGGCAUCAUAUCAAAAGUUCUUACCAGGAGCAGGAUAAUUUAUUAAUGUUAAUUAGGGUUUAAAAUUUGUUAUUGCCCUUGCACUUUUAUUUCCUCUGCAUAUUUUUUUUCUUUUUUCCAUUUUCAAAUUGUGAGCUUACUGCUGAUUGCGGCAGUCAUAGGUAGCAGAAUCUAAUACGUUCUUAGCUUUUGCUGCACCUUUUUAUUAACGUCUGGUGGCCAUAAUGGAAUGGCUUAACAAUGAGGCAAUACAUAAUUCCCCACCUUUUCGCUGUACGUAAUCAAGCAUUCCUCUAUGAUUGGUGUUUUUA